UCACUUUAAGACACUAAACAAUCAAGACUAAAAUGACGGUUACGCGAAAUUUCAUGAUUCCUCGACGAGUUUUUGUUUUACUCUUCGUAAUUACGGCCUGCUGUUGUAGUUCAGUGGCUAGUGCAGACGAUGCUUGGUCCUUUAAAUUGGGCAACAUAAAUUUAUUCGAUAUACCCAAAUUUCCCGCAAAUGUUUUUGAUGCCGGUUCUGCUAAGAUUCAACGUCAUGUUGAGGAUUCCAUGAAAUCCUUAUUGGAUGAUGUUUCCAUUGAUCCGGAUAUAAUAGAGGAUUCAAUGUUGAAAACGCCGGAUUUAGUACGAAAAUAUGGUUACCCUUCAGAAGUGCAUCAUGCCGUUACAGAUGAUGGAUAUAUUUUGGAAAUACAUCGCAUAGCCAAUCCUGGAGGCAUGCCAGUGCUAUUGACACAUGGCCUAUUGGAUUCUUCGGCCACUUGGGUUAUGAUGGGACCCAACAAGGGUUUAGCUUAUCUGCUCUAUGAGAAAGGCUACGAUGUAUGGAUGACCAAUGUCCGUGGUAACACAUAUUCCCGCAAUCACACCAAAUAUACCACAAAACAUGCUGCCUUCUGGGAUUUCACAUUUCAUGAGAUGGGCAAAUAUGAUUUGCCAGCCAGUAUUAACUAUAUUUUGGAUUUGACCUCGGAAAAGCAGUUACACUAUAUUGGCCAUUCUCAGGGCACCAUGACCUAUUUCAUUAUGUGCAGCGAAAGACCGGAAAUGUGUGAUAAGGUGCUAUUAAUGCAAGCUUUGGCCCCGGUGGCUUUUCUUAAACAUGCCAAGAGUCCAGUAGUGGAAUUUUUGGCCUUCUUCCAGGAACCAAUAGCAUUGUUGCUGAAAAUGAUUGGCGCCCAUGAGUUUUUACCCAGCAACGAGUUCAUAACACUGCUCAAUCAAAUUGUCUGCGACGAGGAUUCUUUCACUGAGGAAAUCUGUUCGAAUGUCAUGUUCCUUGUAGCCGGUUUCGAUAAACAGCAAAUGAAUGAGACCAUGUUGCCCGUCGUUCUGGGACAUGCCCCUGCCGGAGCAGCUACCAAACAAAUGCAGCACUAUGGCCAAUUGAAGCGUAGCGGUUAUUUCCGUCAAUAUGAUUACGGCUGGAUACGCAAUCAUUGGCGUUAUGGCACCAUAAAUCCUCCAGAGUAUAAUUUGGAAAGUGUCCAAACCAAAGUAGCCCUUCAUUAUUCGCUAAACGAUUGGUUGUCCACACCCCAAGAUGUCGAGACGUUACGGCGCAAGCUACCCAAUGUGGUGGGCAAAUUUCAGGUCAAUAAUCCCAAGUUCAAUCAUUUGGAUUUUGUUUGGGGCAUGGAUGCCCAAGAGGUGUUGUACAAUAAAGUCUUUGCUUUGAUGGAGAUGACUGAAAGAGGAGAUUUUAAUGAUAUGUAAAGGUGGUCGAUCGGUCACUGGUCGGGCGACCAUUUGUUAAUAGUAUUUAAAUAGUUUUAGUGAUAUUAAAUUAUUGUAAAAUAUAUAUAUUGUUUUUGUAUAUGCCUUUAUGAACAAAACUACAGUGAUGUGUGGAUGCUAUUAGAUUUAAGGAUGUAAUAAACAAGAAAUAAUCAAAACAAUAAAAA